AUGGCUGCACCUUUCAGUGUACUGGUUCUGUACUGGGUGUUUAGACCUAGCUGCAGUGUGAGUUCACCUGAAUGGUUUCAGAACAUUUCCACCAGCCUCUUCAAUUUAUCUGGGGACAUUAUGCUGGGAGGGCUCUUUCCCAUCAACGAAUUGACCAGCAACCUCAGCCUGAGGAGUGAGCCUAACAACAUCAGCUGUGAAAGAAUAAAUGACUAUGGACUGGGCAUUGCUCUAGUGAUGAAAUAUGCAGUGGAGGAGAUCAACGGAAACCAAAUGUUGCUCCCUGGCAUCAAAUUGGGUUAUGAAAUAUAUGACACAUGCAGCAAAUCUGCUGUCAUUGUGAAGCCUACCAUCUCUUUCCUCGCUGAAAAAUCAAGCAGAAUGUUAUCUGUGGAGUGUAAUUACACCAACUAUGAGACCAGCAUGGCAGCUGUCAUUGGUCCUGAUACCUCAGAAAUGGUGUCCGUCAUUGGAAAACUCAUGGGAUUCUUUCUGAUACCACAGAUUAGCUUUGGUGCCACCAGUGACAAAUUCAGUGACAAACUUCUCUACCCGUCAUUCUUACGCACGGUGCCCAGUGACAAAUAUCAAGUGGAAGCCAUUAUGCUUCUGCUAAAGGAGUUUCAUUGGAAAUGGGUGGCAAUGGUGGGCAGUGAAGAGGAGUAUGGAAAACAGGGUGUUCAGGAAUUCUCCAAAAUAGCACAGAAUAUGUCUAUCUGUGUGGCCUAUCAGGGGCUGAUUCCAGUAUACACAGACCCUGAACCAGUGGUCAAAACCAUUGCUGAGAAAAUCAAAGUGGCCAACGUUGGAGUAGUAGUGGUCUUUGCUAUCCCACAAUCUGCAGAGAUCUUUUUUAAAGAGAUUAUCAGGAGUAAUAUGACUGGUGUUUGGAUUGCCAGCACAAGUUGGGCCAUCCAUAACCGACUGACUUCCCUCCCCAAUAUCCAAAAAAUCGGUACAAUUUUAGGGUUCACUGACAAAACACAGAACCUGGAUCUGUUCACCCCCUACACAAAGGAGCUCUUCACUAAAAUGAGCCAGGAGAGGAUGAAGAUGUCCCCUCUUGUACCAAAGUCCAACAUUCCAGACAGUCUCUGCCCACAAUGUUGGGACUUGUCACCUGCUAACGUUAGCUUAGUGGAAGUGCCCUCUGUGCAGCGCAAGGCUUUCAGUGUGUAUGCUGCCAUCUACAGUGUGGCACAAGCAUUGCACAACAUGUUGGGAUGCAAUUCGAAAGCCUGUACCCGUGGAGCUGAAACCAAAAUCUAUCCCUGGAAGCUACUGAAGAUUUUACAGAAUACUUCUAUGGACUUAAAGGGCACGCAUGUAGAGUUUGACAGAAAUGGAAACCCAAACAUAGGAUACAAUUUGAUUGAGUGGGUUUGGAAAGACUCGUAUUUGGACUUCAUACCUGUUGGAAGCUUUGAAAAUGAACUGUCUAUCAACAAGUCUCUCUUCAAAUGGCACACUGAAAACAAAACGGUCCCCCAGUCCACCUGUUCAGCAGAAUGUGGGAGUGGCCAGGUGCACAGAGUCAAAGGCUUUCAUUCAUGCUGUUUUGAUUGUAUUGACUGUGUGCCAGGCACUUACCAGGCUAACAAGGAUGACAUCCAGUGUUCCAAGUGUCCUGAAGGCCAGUGGUCCCUAAUCCGUAGUACUAAUUGUACUAAACCCACCUUUAACUUUUUGUCCUGGGACAAACCUGAGGCCCUGAUAAUAACACUGGCUGUGGUGCUGCUGCUAGUAUGUCAGGGGUCAGUGGGUGUUGUGUUCCUGAGACACAGGGGUACCCCGUUAGUAAUGUCCUCAGGAGGAACACUGACUUUUGUGGUUCUACUCAGCUUGAUGGGAGCUUCCCUCAGUCUGCUGCUCUUCCUGGGGCAGCCAGGAGACGUGGUGUGUAAUCUUCAGCUGCCUUUCACCUCCAUUUUCCAAACAGUCGCACUCUCCAUUAUUACGUCCAUCUCACUGCAGAUAUUCGUCGUGACAGAGUUCCCACAGAAGGUUGCCUCUCACCUGCAUACGAUAAGAGGCCCCGUGAGCUGGCUUUUUGUAAUGGCCUGCUGUGUUGUGCAGGCUGGUUUCUGUGGCUGGUUUGUUCAGGAGGGACCUUCACUAUCUAAAUAUUUAGCAACUAUGAAAAUAGACUUUGUGACAGCUUUCCUGUCAUGUCCUGUAUUACCCUUGAUAGGAUAUGCCUUGAUGCAAGGUUUGAACUUCGUAAUGGCCCUUAUAUCAUUCAUGUGCACCUUCAUAGCAGUGAAACCACUUCAUCAAUAUAACCUUGCCAGAGACAUCACCUUUUCCAGCUUAAUCUACUGUGUGAUUUGGGUGACCUUUAUUCCAGUCUACAUAGGAUUGGCUGAAAAGAGUAGGUCUAUUGUUCAAAUUUCUUUAACCCUGGCAGGCAUAUUCGGACUGGUUGCAGCUUACUACUUCCCAAAAUGCUACUUGCUUUUGAGGAAACCUGAGCUUAAUACCUCAGAGCACUUCUGUACCUUCCUAGAGGGUGUCCCACCAACACCAUCUCAGGAAGAGCCUCAGUCACAGCCAGAGGCAGCACAAUAA